CCGAGGUGGUGGCGUUGGUGGCGGUGAUGGAGAACGAGUCGGGAUCUUUGGAAUACACGCCUACGUGGAUAAUCGCGGGCGUAUGCUUCAUCAUAGUUUUUCUCUCUCUUUGCGCCGAACGAGCCCUUCACCAGCUUGGCAAGUUCUUAAAGCACAAGGAGCAAAAGGCCUUGUUUGAGGCCCUAGCAAAGUUAAAAGAAGAAUUGAUGCUCUUAGGGUUCAUUUCGUUUCUGCUAACUGUUUUCCAAAGCAUACUAAGCCGAAUAUGCAUACCUACACAUGUGGCCUCGCACAUGCACCCGUGCAAGAAGCAAGCUUCGGAGAUCGCCACUCAUGGGGAGCUUCUUCUACAAACAAGAAACAACAGGAGAAGACUUUUAUCAAUGGAUCCUAGUGUGGAGCACUGUGCACAUAAGGGACAGGUUCCGCUGUUGUCGACAGAGGCACUACAUGAACUUCACAUAUUCGUCUUUGUGUUGGCGGUUGUUCAUGUCAUCUUUUGCGCGACUACAAUGGUUCUCAGCGGAGCAAGGAUACGUCAGUGGAAAAAAUGGGAAAAAAAUUCCCCUCGGACAGACACUCCCAAGAAAGGAAAAACACCCGCAUCAUCAACUGAUCGUGAUGACCAUCGUGCGAACUUCAGACAACGCGCGAGUGGAUAUUGGAGGAAAGCAGCUAUUGUGAGCUGGAUGAUUUCAUUUUUGAAACAAUUCUAUGGCCCCGUCACGGAAUCAGACUAUAUCACUCUGCGACAUGGAUUUAUUAUGGCCCAUUGCUCUUCACUUACUCAGUUCGAUUUUCACAAGUACAUGAUGCGAGCCCUGGAAGUUGAUUUUAGAAAGAUAGUCGGCAUAGGCUGGUUCUUUUGGCUAUUCGUCGUCCUGUUUUUGCUACUAAAUGUGGAAGGAUGGAACACGUACUUUUGGAUGUCGUUUCUACCACUAGUCCUUUUGCUCCUUGUUGGAGCUAAACUGGACCAUAUAAUAACUCGCUUAGCUCAGGAGGUGGACAGCAGAAGAGAGGAUCCUGAAGCCCCUCAACCUCGAGUGAAGCCGACUGAUGAACACUUUUGGUUCGGUCGCCCCAUCAUUGUUCUUCGCCUGAUUCACUUCAUCUUGUUUCAAAAUUCUUUUGAGAUGGCCUUUUUCUUCUGGAUAUGGAGCACUUACGGACUCCACUCAUGCAUUAUGGAAAAGAUUGGUUUCAUCAUCCCAAGGCUCAUAAUGGGAGUUCUUGUUCAAGUCCUAUGCAGCUACAGCACCCUGCCUCUGUACGCUUUAGUCAGUCAGAUGGGAAGCAUGUUCAAAGAAGACUUGCUUGAUGACCAAAUCCAACGACACAUGAGGCGUUUUGUUGCACUUUUAAAGGACGGGGGCCAACCUCAUAAUACACAGAACGACUCAUCUGGAGGAGCAACUACUACACUUUCGCACAGAAUGGCCGUGCAAUCAUUGGAAACCUUGGACAUUGUUGAUGAAUCUACUCCAGUGAUUUAAGUCAACAAGUACCAGACUCUCGAAACUGCAUUUAUUACAAAUUUUUUGGGGUAUUUGGAUGCCUAUUUCACAUAUUAAUGUAAACUUACAAUGUUCAUGAACCCAAUCAAGAACUCUGCAAUAAGCAUGGCUAUUCGGUAGCGGCAUGUUGGAGGGAGCAAAGCGAUUCUGGAAUAGAAUGAGUGAACAUCGAGGUCUUGAAGCCUCAACCCAGUUAUGGAGGCCGAAUCAGACACCUGUAUAUUCUUAUCCCUCCGAAGUCGGACGCGUCUCAUACUCCGUACGCUUAGCGAAGCAUCACGAACCGUCAAUCUGAAUCGACAUCCU